UGGGAGUGCGCGCGUUUUCUCGGUUUGAAUUGGUGCCUAAUACUCUUCUUCCCUUUUAAAAACAAGCAUCACUACAAAAUGAGUAACUCGACAAUCGAUAAUACUUGGACUAAGGAUUUAAGAGAAACCCUCAAUGACAAGCGCAAAGCGACUAAAGAAAGGAUAAAGUCACAAUCGGACAGCAGCAGAGAAAAUUCAAGCAGUAGGAAAAGGGCAAAACCCAAUGAGAAAGUGGGCACAGAAUCAAAAGCAAGUAAACCAAAGAAACCAGUUGAACUAGAGACUGACCCUUUAAUGCUGCAAAGAAGGCAGAAACAAAUUGACUAUGGAAAGAACACGACUGGCUACCAUAACUAUUUGCAACAUGUACCUAUAGACAAGCGCACUAAGGAUGACCCAAAAACCCCUGAUAAGUAUUCAAAGUACAGCCGCAGGUCAUGGGAUGCAUUGAUCAAGAUGUGGAGGAAAAAGUUGCAUGAAUAUGAUACUGAUGGAGCCAAGUCCAACACUGGGUCUAACUCUGGCUCCAUCGCUGGUUCCACCACUUAUUCUGAUGAGGAAAAUGAGGAAGAGGGUAAUAAUGUUGAGCAAUAGAUAUUUAAAAUGUAAUUAGGUAUAGGAGUUGUAAUAACAAUAACACCUAAGGAAUCUGUAAGCUAUGAGGUUGACAUUAAGGUGUGGAGAUUUAGCUCUUGUUUAAUAUGCACAAGAGUAGUCCACAAAGUCUGCACUAGUGACAUAUUUGCCAGAUCUGGUUGCACCUUUGACAUUAAAUGCAUGUACAUACAAUUUGUAUUGGUUCCUAAACCAUUAUAAUUGACAUAUCAUUAUUUAUUGUCGGUUAUAGCUAUUCAUAACUAUGAUAAUUAUGAUCAGUUAUAACUUUCUUUAUAGAUUUGUGCAAAGGAGACAUAAAGUUAAACACAGUUCUGAGACCUGUUUACACACAAUAGAGUACUGCUUAUAUUACAUGAUAAGCAGGAUUUUAUUGUUGGUAGGUGCUGGUCCAAAGACAAAUAAGUGGACAGAAAAUUAGUUUACUUAUUAACUUUUCACUGUACUUGAAGAGGGAUGACAAUGACAGACCAUUUUACUAUGUUAGGUAGGAAAUAGUUUAAUGUAAGCAUACAAAAUAGUGAACUUGUUUAGCCUAUCUUGUGACUAGAAGGGAAGAAUAAAUGGACUCUUAUUGUUGUCUUGUCUCUUAUUAUACAUGUUAUUCAAAAUUAUUAACAUAUUUUUUGUUCUUAUCCAAAUAUUUUUGCCAACUCCAUAUCUUGCAAAUACAGACUUUUUGGCCUGGUUUUGGUACAGUUAAUAGAUUCAGCAGUUAUGUUCAAAAGUUUCAAAGCCAGACCAAAAUUUCAGACCCUAUUUUCUAUGAGUACCUAUAUUUUAACAGAUUUUUUUCCUCUGUAACUCUGUUCAGAGUAUCAAUAUAUACUAAUAAUUAUAAGUGCCUACAAUGGCUAUAAUGCUGUUUACUUUAGUAGUAAGCAAUAUGUAUUUGAUUUGACUGAUAUGUAAUUGUGUAUGUUCAUAAGAUUUAAUUAUUUGAUGAAAAAUGUAAGAUCCUCCACAUCAAUUAAAAAAUAUAUAAAUUUUCGUCACAUUGACCCAUUUAUGUUGUCAUAAUUCUGGUCUAUGUGUAGAACAUUUACUUAGCACUCUUAGCAGAAAAACUUGUUUGAUUCUCAUGUCCUGAAGCUCUUGCAGCAUUCGUUGAUUUUGGAUUUGUACUUAUUUAGCAUGUUCAAGUCUCAAAUAAGCAUGAGAUAAACAACCGUUUUGAUUCCUUGCCUAAUCGAAAACUUUACCGUG